UGACCUGCCUCCAGAGGGGCAGAACUCUGAGGGCUUUCACUGUAUAUCUAAAGCUCCGUGCUUCUACAACAGAGGUGGGGCUGGAAGAGAAGAAAGAUAGAUCGACACCAUGAACUGCCUGUAUCUCCUGGUUUUGGGAUUGUUGUGGGACUGCUGGCCAGCUCUUCUGUUAGUCGUACAGACCAGUGUGACUGCUUCUGUAAACUGUGAUACUGGAUAUGUACAAGAUAAAGACGGUUGUGAAGAUUAUGAUGAAUGUGAAGAAGAAGGAUUAUGUGGUAACAAUGCAGUUUGUUACAACACAAUUGGUAGCUACUACUGUCAGUGUGAACAGGGCUACAGGGCAAAAUUAUUUAACUUCACUCAAGAUAAAGGUGGACCAUGCAAAGACAUCAACGAGUGUACGGAGAAUAAAUCCAUCUGUGGUCCUAAUGCUGUUUGUGAUAACAUCCACGGUUCCUAUCAGUGUUCAUGUGCUACUGGUUUUGUGGCCAGCAACGGACAGAAGCACAUUAACGCAAGACAGAACGUUACAUGCGACGACAUUGACGAGUGUUCAGAGGAAAACAUAUGCGUUCUCAACGCUACAUGCAGUAACACAAACGGCUCCUAUUUCUGCACGUGCCAUUCAGGAUUUGUGGCCAGCAACAUGGAGGAGAAGUUUACUACAAGAGAAGUUAGAUGCAACGACAUCAACGAGUGUACGGAGAAUAAAUCCAUCUGUGGUUCUAAUGCUGUUUGUUCUAACAUCCCCGGUUCCUAUCACUGUUCAUGUGCUACUGGUUUUGUGGCCAGCAACGGACAGGAGCACUUUAACGCAAGACAGAACGUUACAUGUGACGACAUUGACGAGUGUUCAGAGGAAAACAUAUGCGUUCUCAACGCUAAAUGCAUUAACACAAACGGCUCCUAUUUCUGCACGUGCCAUCCAGGAUUUGUGGCCAGCAACAUGGAGGAGAAGUUUACUACAAGAGAAGUUAGAUGCAACGAACUGCAGUGUGACCGUCUCGGACGCCAAUCAGAGGAGGUCCCCCAGGUGCUGCAGGACAUUCUGGCUGAGUUAAAGAGCACAUGUAUGCAAAAAAAUGCAAAUGGAGAGCAAAUGUUACAGAUUCUCGUAGAUGCAUUAGAAGUGUACCUUUCAGAAACAUCUUUAACAGAUGCCAAGAACAUUACUUCAGUGUUGGACCUGGUUGAAAACACACUGCCUGUCGUAGGACAGCUGCUCCACAGCAGUUACAAUCAAUCAUCAUCUCAAACACGAGUUGAGAUGUUGGUCCACAGAAACCCGACUCCUCCACAUGGUCCAUUUAAUUUGUCCACCAACAAAGUGCAAUUCAGCAGUGACUGGGAAACAGCAGUGGGAGAUUCCUACCUGGGAUUCGCCUCUGCAUCCCUGUUUGAGUACACAGAUCUGAAUAUUCCACACGUCAAGAGCUUGAUCGGAAACCAAUACCAUGGCCCGAAUAUCUCUGCAAACCCAUAUCAGCUCAACUCCAGAGUAGUGACGAUAGAGGUCACAAACCAGAACACGACUAAACUGACCAAACCCGUCACGCUCAGAUUCUCUCAUCUGAAGGAUUUGAAGGGGAAGGUAGCCUGUGUGUUCUGGGACUCGAAAAAAGAAGGUGGUGUGUGGUCUAGUGAAGGCUGCGAUGUGGUCAAGAACAGCACCAGUUACACAGUGUGCUCAUGCAAACACCUCAGCAGCUUCGCUGUGCUACUGGCGCUCUAUGAGCAGAAGAAUGUAUUUGAGCUUCAGCUGAUCACCUGGAUUGGACUCGGCCUGUCUCUAAUCUGCCUCCUCAUCUGCAUACUGACUUUCUGGCUUAUCCGUUCCAUCCAAAGCACCCGCACCACCAUCCACCUGCACCUCUGCAUCAGCCUUUUCAUCGCCGACUUCAUCUUCCUCGUCGGCAUCAGCCAAACAGAUAACAGGGUGGGAUGUGGUGUGGUGGCCGGUCUGCUGCAUUACUUCUUCCUGGCUGUGUUCUGCUGGAUGUGUCUGGAAGGUGUGCAGCUUUUCCGCAUGGUGGUGCUGGUGUUCAACACCACUCUGAGUCGGGGCUACCUGAUGGCCGCCGGUUACGGCGCCCCCGCCAUCAUUGUUAUCCUAUCAGCUUGCGUCAAUUACAAAGGAUACGGCACCCCAAGCUACUGCUGGCUCAAUCUGGAAAAUGGCUUCAUCUGGAGCUUCUUCGGUCCUGUUUGUGCCAUAAUUAUUGUGAACGCGGCCUUCUUUAUGAUAACUGUAUGGAAGCUAGCACAGAAAUUCAACUCCCUUAACCCUGACUUGGGCAACCUGAAAAAAAUCAAGACAUUUACUAUCACUGCCAUCGCUCAGCUCUGCGUUCUCGGCACCAUGUGGAUCUUCGGCUGUUUUCAGUUUGAUGAAGGAACGCUGGUCAUGUCCUACCUCUUUACAAUCUUCAACAGCUUGCAGGGGGUGCUGGUGUUCAUCAUGCACUGUCUGCUUUCCAAACAGGUGAGAGACGAGUACAUCCGGUUCCUGACUUGCUUGACUGCACGACAGAAGAGCUCAUACUCAGAGUUCAGCACGAACCAGUCCAGCAAAUCCCAGGUAUCCAAAAACAGUCACAACACGGGAGAGUCACGGAUCUGAAGCAGUAGCGCCUCGGGCGAUGCUUUACAAACGCGAGCGUGACCUAGACUGCGUCCUCUGCUUGCUGAUUUUUCUGUUCUGAGGCUCAUAUUCAGCAUAAGCUCAUCUGUUGAAUUAGCUGCUUUCUCAUUCUGUUGUGGUUGCUGUUGUUGUUGCUGCUGUUGUUGCUGCUGUUGUUGUUGUUAUACAUACAAAUCCAUGUUGAGUCUCAGUUUAGUAACUGUCACGUUGGAAACCAACAAUCUGCUACUACAGUCAAAUUCCUGCUCCAGUAUUGAAGUAUUCAUUAAUGAAGCAUAGUUUAUAGAAUGUUGUUUAAUAUGUAAGGGAUAAAACACAAAGUAAUCAACAGGGCAGAGCGGUGUGACCGGAGGCCUUCACCCUGCCGGCUUAGUCUGAAACAGAGCUGCAUGUAAACAUGAAAAAUCAGUAACGUCGAAGCUCUCAUGUGGACCAGAAAGAUCAUGGCCGUACCGAACCCGAUACUACAGUACCUACAGGAGGUAAUGUUAGUCACAGAAGUACUCUGUCCUCUUGCCUCUGUCACUGUUUUACAAAGCACUGACACUGGAGACUCCUUCCAAAAGCGUUACCUGAACGUCGCCUCAGCAGAUCAAUGAUACAUUUUUCCUUCAUUAAACAUAUUUUUUAUCCACCUCGAGUUGUAAGGCGCAUCCAGCAUACGAGUCCCUUGUGCUAACGUUCAAAUGUUACACCUGAGCAAUCAGAAUCAAGAACGCCAUGAGAAUGUGCUGUGCUAAAAAGGUGGAAUGAUUAUUUACCAGGGGGACACGGUGGCUUAGUGGUUAGCACGUUCGCCUCACACCUCCAGGGUUGCAUGUUCUCCCCGUUCCUCGGGGGUUUCCUCCGGGUACUCCGGUUUCCUCCCCCGGUCCAAAGACAUGCAUGGUAGGUUGAUUGGCAUCUCUGGAAAAUUGUCCGUAGUGUGUGAUUGUGUGAGUGAAUGAGAGUGUGUGUGUGCCCUGUGAUGGGUUGGCACUCCGUCCAGGGUGUAUCCUGCCUUGAUGCCCGAUGACGCCUGAGAUAGGCACAGGCUCCCCGUGACCCGAGGUAGUUCGGAUAAGCGGUAGAAGAUGAGAUGAGAGAUGAGAGAUUAUUUACCAAGAACAGUUAUGAAAAGUUACAAUAGCUCACAGGAGGACUCCAUCACACACUCGAUUAUAGACACGUGCUCAAAAUCUAGUGUGUUAGCUGCAGGAAAGUCCACCUGGGAACCCUGGUCUAAGAUUAAACCCAAAGAAAUAAGGCUUGACCUCAGACGAUUGCUUUCAAACGACAUCAUUACUGAGAUCAACAAAGAACAACACCUUUCUGUCCUCUGAGAGCACGUCUCUAACGAAGCUCAGUAGCAGCCACCGAUCGAGCUUCUAGAUGCCGUUUUAUCGUACAAGCAACAGAUCAAAGAGCUGAAAUAAAAAUUAAGUUUUCUAGGCUUUGAUUCAAAGGGAAGAUGCAGGACAUACUGAAACCUUUAUUAUUAUUUUUUUUUUUUUUUUUGCAUUUUAAUGUAUUUAUAAAUAGAUGUAUUUUAUUUUGAAUAUAAUGUAAAAUAAGUUUAUGGUUAUAUUUAAUGCUGAGCUUUCAUUAUUUGUUAGAUAUUUUGAUAGACGUUAUAUAUAACUAGUUAAUAUACUAUUGUAAAUAUAUAAAAAAUAUAAUAGUAAUGAGUGCUACUUUUGAGCUAGAAAACAGACCUGUGCCUUUUUUUUCAAGGAUUUAUUUUGUAUUUUUAUUAAAUAUGUUCAGUUUAAAUACAGUAUUAUGUGAAUGACUAUGUGGUAUUUAUGUCAGAUGUAAAUGUUUAUAUCUGCACUGAUAUUCUGGUCCUUUCUGCUCUACUUCAACCAAAAAUAAAUAAUAUAUUAAGAACAAA